UCCGAACCUCGGCACGCGCGCCAAGCACCGACGGCUGAUCAGAUGCAGAUGACCGCCUGGUCUAUAUAGUCCCAAUCCGCCCGUCCGAGUUUCGUGGUGUCUGCUUGCAAUGAGUGACGCAGGAUACAGCAGACACUAUGGCAGACCCCGACGUUAGAACUGAGCCAGCUCCGAAUGAGCGCGCACCAUCAUCAUCAUCAUCACCACCACAAGAUGAGGGGAAAUCGCCGACCUCAGAUCCAACGCGGGGAUCCUCACCACCACCACAGCCCAAACCAACACCACACUCAGCUUCCUCUCUCCUCCAUGCUCGUCGUCAGCUGCUGGCAGCCCUUCGAGCAACCGAUACCACCAUCGAGCGACUGGACAAACUCACCACCACAGCAGCCGGCACCGAACGCGUCCUCGCCGUAACAGGCUACCUCUCGCACGCGCUGCACCAUCUCCUCGCCUCAGCGCCCUGGCUCGCCCUCCAAACCCGCCUAAGCCUCCUCGCCCGACUCCGCCGCCAGCAGCGCCAUCUCGCCCAACCCUCGCCCUCCAAACUUGGCUCCCCUCUACCACCACCACCCUCUCCCACAACCCCCAACCCGAAACCCCCAUUACUAGCCCUCUCCGCCCUCAUGUCCGAAACCCGAUACACCCUGCGCCUCCUCGGCCUCCUCCCCCUCUGGACCUGGGGCACCGCAACCCUGCGCUCCCCGCCCAAAGACCGAACACUCUACAUCCUGACCCUCCUCCAGGUUUUGGUCAAUAUCAUCUACCAAAUCCUCGAGAACGGAAGCUACCUCGCCGCGAAGGGCAUCCUGAGCCGCCGCUUCAUCGACCGGUGGGGCGGCAUCGUGCAGUGGGAUCUGUGGAGCACGCGCGCGUGGUUCGGGCAUAUCUUCUUGCAGUUCUUUGUGCUGGCGCGGGAGCGGAGGCUUCGGUUGCGGCGGGAGAAGCAGAAGGAGGGACUCGAUGAGGGGGGAGGGGCAGCGGAUGCAGAUGCACAUGCACAUGCAAAGGAGAUCCGCGCGUGGCGGAAGAGUCUCGUGAACAAUGUGUGUUGGGCGCCGUUGUGCUUGCAUUGGUGCUUCGAGAAGGGGAUUGGGUUCCCGGAGCAGUUGACCGGGUUGGUGAGUUUUAUGGCGGGCGCGUGGGAGGUUUGGGAUUCGUGGGGGGGUACUGCUACUAAGUAAUCUGAGUCUAGAUGGUCGGGGUAGAGUCUUACACGUUCUCUUCUCGCUUUGCUACGGAUUAGACCAUAGAAGUCAUGGAUAUGCGUAUUCAUUGAGUUGGUCAUGCUAGAUGCCUAAAUACAGGAUCCAAGCUAACACACCAAAUACCAAAUCCAAUUUCCAGCUAGAGCUAGAUGCUCGGUUCUUGUGGCCUCGAAAGCGGAUAGAUCAUGAGACAAAGGAAAAAAAGUGCAAGCAAC